AUUCCAAAAAAAUCCUCCAUAUUCUUCUCCCCUUUCUUCCCCACCCACCCACUCUACCCCUCUUGUUAUGUGCUGUUCUCUGUCUGGUUUCUGAAGACGACUCGUAAAAUCAUCUAAAAAAUUCCCAUAAUCAGAUCUAACAAAAAUGGUUCCUAUUACGGCGUCGUUUCCUUCUGAUUCUUCAUCAUCAUCCAUGGAUCUACUCAUGUAAAUUCCAAUAAUAUAUUCAACAAUUUUUCCGGUAGAUUAUUCCUAAUGGAUUUGGAUGAAUUCCGGUUGAUUCUAUCGGAAUCGAAGGUAGAUGUAUGGACGAUGAUUGAUGCGGCGAUUUCUGUUGCUGCAGUUGACUGUGCCGAUGAAAUGAAACGUCGACGUGAUGGAAUCGUUGAAAAAUUGUACUCCACGCACUCCCGGAGCUCAGAUGACGAUGGUAAUGGUCAGCAUAGGUUAGAUAACGGUACUAGAAAUGUGGAGAUGAUGAUGAAUAAGAGUCCGUUAACACCGGAGUCGAAUCAACGGGAGAAGGAGAAUAGUAAUGAGAAGAAUGAGGAAGAGGAAGAUGCAGAUCCGUAUGGAGGAUUGUUUGAUGAUGAUGAUGAACAAACUCAAAUUCUUACAAUCAAACAACAGCUUGAAAAUCCACAACUGUCGGAUGAGGAUGUGGUUGACUUGCUUCAAACUUUAGCAGAUAUGGAUAUUACAUUCCAAGCUCUUCAGGACACUGAUAUUGGAAGGCAUGUGAAUCAAUUGAGGAAGCAUCCAUCAAGUGAAGUUAGGAGAUUGGUGAAGAUGCUUGUGAGAAAAUGGAAAGGAACUGUUGAUGAUUGGGUUAGGCUCAACCCGCCUGAGCAACAUGAGUCUGCAAAUCUUAUUGCUGCUGAUGAUGACUCGCCCCAACAGAGUGUACGGAGGAAUCAACAGAAUGGUAAUCAUCAGGUUCCUGACUUCGCAUACUCACCGAAUCCUCGAAAUGGGAGUUCGAGCUCAGACAGGAAUAAUUCAGAAUCAGAGUACAAGCCUAAACCAGUUCCCCAACGGAAUGUAACCCCUACUAGACCACUGCAGUCUGCUCCUAAACCUGCUUCGGCUCCUCCCCCAAGUAGACCUCCUCCGAGGGAAUCAGCUAUAGAUAUUGAGAGGCUGAAUUCAGCAAGGAGGCGGCUUCAGGAGAAUUACCAAGAAGCUCAAAAUGCUAAAAAGCAAAGGACAAUACAGGUGAUGGAUAUUCAUGAGAUUCCAAAACCAAAGAACGGCUUCAUUGCCAAGAAUAAAGGCGGCUUUCAGGGCAGGCAUCAUCGUUGAUUUUUUCAGAAAAAAAGCCCCCCCGUCUGUAUGUACAAUAGUACUGCUCCUCAGCUUUAAAGUUCAAAACUCUGCAUCUUUUGUGAUAACAGGGAUUUUACCCAAAC